AUGAGGACAUCUGUUUUAGUGGCCGCUUCUGCUGGCACAAUCGUCGCUGGUCUGCUCGCAUAUGCCGCAUACUUCGAUCACAAGCGCCAGACCGACCCCGAGUUCCGCAAGUCCCUGAAGCGCAACAACAAGCGUCUCGCUAAGGCUGUGAAGGAGGAGGCCGAGGCCCAUGGUGCUGCUCAGCGCGAGGUGAUCAAGCAGGCUGUCCAGAGCGCCAAGGAGGAGGGCUUCCCCACCGAUCUGGAGGAGAAGGAGUCUUACUUCAUGACUCAGGUCGCCCAGGGUGAAGGCCUGUGCCAGGAUGGUGCCAGCCAGAUUGAGGCUGCCCUCGCCUUCUACAAGGCCCUCAAGGUCUACCCCCAGCCCCAGGACCUGAUCUCCAUCUACGACAAGACCGUUCCCAAGGAGGUUCUGGAGAUCCUCGCUGAGAUGGUCGCUAUGGACCCUGGUCUCAAGCUUGGUCGUUUCACUGGUGAGAGCCCUGCUGCUGCUGCCGAUAACCACGGUGUCGAGUAA